CACUGAUAGGCCGCACUGACUGGCGGCACUGCUGGGCACUGACUGGCACAACUGCUGGACACUGACUGGCACAACCGCUGGGCACUGACUGGUGGCACUGACUGGCAGCACUGCACUGAUGGGCACAGGUGGGUGGCACUGCUGGGCACAGGCAGGUGGCACUUAUGGGCACUGGUGGGCGGCACUGGUGGGCAGAACUGGUGGGUGGCACUGCUGGGCACCGAUCAUCAGGGCACUGAUCAUCAGUGCCCUGAUGAUUAGUGCCGAUCCCUGCUCUGACAACUGCCGGUUCUCGGCAGUACUUUCCUCACGCUCUGACAGCAUGAGAAAAGUGCAGCUGAGAACCAGCAAUUGC